AUGUCGAAUGCCCGUAAGCUCAUCUUGAUCACUGGUGGAACUGGUUUCAUCGGAAACCACACAGUUUCACAGUUCCUCUUGAACGGGUAUCGAGUUCGAGCGACAGUCCGAAACCAGGAUAGCUGCGACCGGUUCCUCUCUAUCCAUUGGAGACACCGGGAUUCGCUGGAAACGCUGAUCGUCGCUGAUAUCACAAGACCCGGGGCCUUUGAUGCGGCCGUCAAAGAUGUUGAUGGAAUUGUGCAUAUGGCCUCUCCAUUCACCUACAAGAUCACCGACAAUGAGAAAGAUUUGAUCGUACCAGCCAUCAACGGUACAAAAGGGAUCUUGCAAAGUACGGUUUCCUUUGCGCCGAAGGUCAAGCGAGUUGUUUUGACUUCUUCGUUUGCCUCAAUUGCCGACUUUUCGAAGGGUCUACGACCGGGACACGUGUAUGAGGAAUCGCAGUGGAGUCCUCUGACCUACCAGGCGACGAAAGAUGACAAGAGAGGCCUUGCCUAUGCAGGCAGCAAAAAGCUCGCGGAAGAAGCAGCUUGGCAGUUCGUGGAAACUUCGCCCGGCGUGAAUUUCUCUCUCGCAACCAUUAAUCCGACCAUGGUAUACGGCCCAGCAUUCCCUGGAUCAGCAGGCCUCAAGCAUCUAGGUCAAUCUAUGUCAGAGAUAUAUGCGCUCAUGGAUGCAUCUCUGAAUGAAGUUCCACCGACCAUGUUGCCUGCCUUCGUGGAUGUUAGGGAUGUUGCGAGAGCCCACCUUCUGGCAUUCGAGACAGACAAUCCACAAAGAUUCCUUAUCUCAGGAGGGGACUUUGACAAGCAGAAGGUCUGUGAUCUGCUCCGAGAUCAGAUACCCGAACUGAAGAGUCGGGUGCCUGUCGGAAACCCAGGGAAGCCAAGCAUAGGUGAGCACUACGAGGUCGACUGUUCCCGAGCUCGGAGCAUCCUUGGCAUUGAGUUCCGGCCCUUUAAUGAGACCUUCUUGGAUAUGGGUCACGCUUUUUUGGAGAUGGAGAAUGCCGAAAAAGAGUCCUCUCUUUGA